GAAAAAUGAAGAUGGAGUGGGAUCUACGUCAACACUCGGCCGACGGUCGGAACUUGGCAGGCCGUUUCGCUCUAAAAGCCAUUGCUGGGCCGCCAGCCAAUCAUCCUGCUCUUCCGCCUUCUACGCCAAAUCUGGAUGCCUCAGGCUGACUAACAUCGGAGUAAGCAUCGAUCUCAUCGGAUUACAUCUGAUUUUCGUCGUCUUCGUCUCUCUCUUCUCACUUCCUCCUUCAACUUGCUUAUUGCUUCCAGCUUCUUAUAAUUUUAUUUCAGCUGGACGGUACUGCUCGUAUUCCAAACCUAAAAAAAAGACAUUUAGAUUUACAUGGUACUCAACUGAGGCGCUGGUAGCCUUGGGCUGUACGCACUCGUUUUGCCAUACCAUCAACGCAAUAGACAAUAGACAUCGGUUUCAGGGCGCUAUCAUACAGUACAACAAUAUGCCUGUUAAGCGCAAGGCAACUGACAGCGGUCGGUCAAGUAGAGCUUCGAAGCGCGCGACCCCCGUUCCGGACAUUCAGGAUGUCGAUAGUAGCGAUGAAUUUUCAGAAUAUGAUCCAAAGGAAGACAGCCUGAAAGAGGUCGUGGACAAGUUCUCCCUCGAAUCGUUCAGUAACAAGAAGAGCUCCGUGCAGACGCAAGAUCCAAAUUUUGGCUACAAGGACUUCUCCUCAUUAUCCUUGAAACCCGACCAUGCGAACCGUCCCCUGUGGAUCGACCCUCUGAAAGGAACCAUCACCCUGGAGAGUUUCUCUCCGUUGGCCCCCCAAGCGCAGGACUUCCUGACCACCAUCGCCGAACCGCUGUCACGUCCGACCCAUCUGCACGAAUACAGGUUGACGGGAAAUAGUUUGUAUGCGGCGGUAUCAGUUGGUCUUCAGCCUCAGGAUAUCAUCAACUUCCUUGACCGGUUGUCGAAGACGCCCCUCCCGGAUACGAUCAAAUCCUUCAUCAUCGAUUUUACAAAGUCAUACGGAAAGAUCAAGGUCGUGGUGAAACAUAAUCGCUUCUUUGUGGAAAGCACAGACCCGUCUAUGUUGCAGAUGCUUCUCCAGGAUGAAGUCAUUGGAGCUCAGAGGCUACAGCAUGCUUCAGCCGGCAUCACCCAGCAAGCUGCUCCAAAAAUGGGUGGACUCGUCAUUCCUGGAACCAAGGAUGCAGCAGGAGUGAAGCAGAGCACGGACCAGCAGCCGCCGGUAGAAGAAAAUCAGGGAGAGAAGAGCCUGGAGGACGAUUUACUUCUAGCCAUACGCGAUGAGGAUGACGAAGAAGAGCAAGCUCAGGUCCAUAGUUUUGAGAUUCCGAACGAGGCAGUGGAGCCUGUCAAGGCACGCUGCCAGGCAAUGGGCUGCCCGGCGUUGGAGGAGUAUGACUUCCGGAACGACGAAAUCAACCCUACAUUGGAUAUCGACUUGAAACCGCAGGCCCGGAUCAGGAGUUACCAGGAGAAAAGCUUGAGUAAAAUGUUCGGUAACGGACGUGCUAAGAGUGGUAUUAUCGUCCUUCCUUGUGGUGCCGGAAAAACCUUAGUCGGUAUUACGGCUGCUUGUACUAUUAAGAAGGGUACAAUUAUCCUCUGUACGAGUUCCAUGUCUGUGGUUCAGUGGAGGAAUGAGUUCCUCCGAUGGUCGAAUAUUGACCCAGGCGAUAUUGCCGUGUUUACCUCAGACAACAAGGAAAAAUUCCGCAGGUCGACCGGUAUCAUUGUUUCGACAUACUCAAUGGUUUCGCAAACAAGAGCCCGGUCUCAUGACGCACAGAAAAUGAUGGACUGGAUCCAAUCACGAGAAUGGGGCUUAAUGAUUCUCGACGAGGUGCACGUCGUGCCUGCAUCAAUGUUCCGUAAAGUUACAUCGGCUAUCGCAACACAAAGCAAACUCGGGUUGACUGCAACCCUCUUGCGUGAAGAUGAUAAGAUUAAGGAUUUGAACUUCUUGAUUGGCCCCAAGCUAUACGAAGCCAACUGGAUGGAACUUGCGGAACAAGGACAUAUUGCUAAGGUCCAAUGUGCUGAGGUGUGGUGUCCUAUGACUACGGAAUUCUAUUCCGAGUAUAUGAGAGAGAAGUCGAGGAAGGCAGCCCUGCUUUACAUCAUGAACCCUCGGAAGUUCCAGGCUUGUCAAUUCCUUAUCGACUACCAUGAAAAGCGAGGAGACAAGGUCAUUGUGUUUUCUGAUAAUGUCUAUGCUCUUGAGCGUUAUGCCCUUAAAUUGAACAAGGCCUAUAUUUAUGGUGGCACUCCCCAGAACGAACGUAUGCGAAUCCUGGAGAACUUCCAGCACAACGAGCAAGUAAACACCAUCUUUCUGUCGAAAAUUGGAGAUACGUCUCUGGAUCUGCCCGAGGCAACCUGUCUCAUCCAGAUUUCCUCACAUUAUGGUUCCCGUCGUCAGGAAGCUCAACGGCUAGGCCGUAUUUUGCGGGCUAAGCGUCGUAAUGACGAGGGCUUCAAUGCAUUUUUCUACUCGCUUGUCUCUAAGGAUACGGAUGAGAUGUUCUAUUCUUCCAAACGACAAGCUUUCCUUGUUGACCAAGGCUAUGCUUUCAAGGUUAUCACCCACCUUCAAGGCAUUGAAAACCUGGACGGACUGGCCUAUGCCACUCCGGGUGAACGACGUGAGCUUCUACAAGAGGUCAUGUUGCAGAAUGAAACAUCUGCGGAUGUAGAAGCUGUCACGGAUGACUUGUUCUCUGAACGUUCUGGUGGACCUAGGGCGAAGAAGGGAGCCGUCAAACGCAGUGCGGCUACCCUUAGCGGAUUGGCAGGUGGAGAAAACAUGGCAUAUAUCGAAUACAACAAGAGCAGGAACAAGCAGCUGAAGGACAAGGCUGGACAUCAUCCGCUAUUCCGCAAGAUCGAGCGGGAGCGUCUGAAGAGAAAAAAGGAAAUGGAGGAUUGGGCAUGAAUUGAUAUAGAUGCCAAAGGAACUCGAGUUUGACUCGGUUUCAUUCAUCAGAUUGGUACUUUUCCUCCUGGUAAUAGGGUUGCAUUGGUCCUGCAUCUGUUUCUUGAAAAGCAGUUGACAUCAUCUAUCCACAGGAUAUAUAAUAA